AUGGUUAUGGAUUUGAUGGGGGGGUUUAAGGUAUAUGUUGAUAUUCAUUCGAGGUUGGCGGUAGUUGGACGAUUCGGGGAAAUGGAGCAAUUUUGUGCCGAUGAUUCAAUGAGAGAAUCUUGUGAUGGGAAAGAGGGAGCGAGAGUUGUGAGGAGAUGGUGGAAGAUUUACAUGAAGAUUGGAUGGAUAUAUGAAAUUAGGCAUGGAAAGAAGGGUUGGCGUGAAGGCAAGGCCCAAGAUACAUUCUUCCCGGGAACGAUGAACCAAGGUUACUAG